AUGGGCCCCAUGGCGCACUGGCAAGCUUAUGUCCCCGUGAUUCCCCAGCUCAGCGAGCGCUGCACACCAACCCGGUGGACGCGGAUGGCCCUCGGCCGACUCGCACUGGCGCUCCAUCUCCUGGGCCCGGGCCCGCCGAUUGCGAUUUCGAUUGUCAUCAAGCCUGCCGCAGUCGCAGCGCUGCCAUUGCCGUGUCUGCAUACAAUUAUACAGCGGCGCGAUGCAGACUCCCCGGGCCCGCCGGCGCGCACCAUGCCCUGGCCCGAGGUGCUGACGAUCGUCGGCGCCGCCGUCGCUGUCCUUGCUGUCGCCGCCGUCUCCCUCGCAUGCUACUGGCGGUUCACGCGGCGGAUCAGCCAGGACGUCGCGCCGCGGCCCUUCGGACUCGGCGGGGCGCGGCCCGGGCGGGCGGGGUCCCUCGCGUCGUGGGCGCCGGCGAUCAGACGGAGCCUCCGCCGGUUCCGCGAUCGGCGGGUGAGGGACGGCCCGGGGGCCGAGGAUCAGCCGCUGGCGCCCCGACGCACGGACACCGGGUCCACGACGCACGAGCUGUACCUCUCCAACCAGCGCCACCGCGCGCGGGAGAAGCUCGACGCGGAUCCGGAGUCGGACAUAGAAGCCGCGCCGCUCCAUCGCAGCCCCUCCGUGGGCGAAAGCACCGUCACCGGCGACGCGGACAACGACGGCCUCGGGCCGGAGACGGUGCACACACAGCUCGCGAGUGCGCUCAGCCGCAUCGAACAGCUCAACACGCGGAUUGUGCACCUGGAGCUGCAGCUGACGGAGUCGCUGUUCCGCCCCCCCGCAUCGAGUUCCGAGAGUGCAACGGUCGAAUAGUCGUCGAGACAACGAGACGAGACCAGUGCAUUGAAGGAUGCCACGGCGCCGCUUGUCACUUGAGAGCUUGA